AUGUCUGCAGAUCGUGAUGUUGGCGGCGUUCCAAGCGAGAGACGCAAGUUUAUCACCCCCAAAGGCUUGGUGGUGGUAGAUUUUACUGCUUCGUGGUGUAGUCCAUGCCGUUUCAUUGCCCCAAUUCUGGCAGAGCUUGCUAAAAAGACACCCGAAGUUCUCUUCCUCAAGGUGGAUGUGGAAGAACUGAAGACUGUUGCUGAGGAAUGGGCCAUUGAGGCUAUGCCAACCUUUCUGUUCUUGAAAGAAGGCAAGCUAGUGGACAAGGUUGUGGGUGCUAAGAAGGAAGAGUUGCAACUGACAAUAGCAAAGCAUGCAACUAAUGCUAGUGCUGCUGCUUCCUGA